CACGAGGAUACUAAUGCGAUUCUAUCAAAAGUUUAGUUAUAUAUAAUUUGUAUUCAUUUUCAAAUAAAUCAAUUUUAGAUAUUAUUGUUUAAAAGAAAUUUUUAAAGUGGAAUAUAAAAAUGGGCAAAACUAAAAAGAAAGCACAUCCUAAGAAGCGCACAGCAGCGUUCAAGGAAAAAGAAUCUAAUGAGCUGGUGGAAGCACCACAUUCUUUUGUAAUACAUCGAGGACUUUCUUGUCCCUAUAUCACCGAUUUAACAUUGGAUUUUCGAAAAAUCAUGGAACCAUUUACAGCAUUACAAUUAAAAGAGAAAAAAAUUAAUCGCAUUAAAGAUUUUGUGGCAAUGAGCGGUUUCUUUCAUGUUUCCCAUAUGGGUAUUUUUAAUAAAGCCACAUCCCAGUUGUCAUUUAAAAUUGUGCGCAUGCCGCGUGGUCCUACACUUACUUUCAAGGUGCAUCAAUUUACCUUGGCGCGAGAUGUACUUUCAACCAGCAAAAGACAAUUUGUGGACGACGAUAUGUUUAAACAUUCACCACUCGUUAUUAUGAACAAUUUCACAGGGGAUGGUAAACAUCUUAAAUUAAUGGCCAGCACGUUCCAGAAUAUGUUUCCCGCAAUCAAUUUAGCACAAGUAAAUAUUGCUACAAUCCGUCGCUGUGUUUUAUUCUCAUAUACACCGGAAACAAAUUUAAUCGAAAUGCGUCAUUACUCCGUUCAAGUGGUGCCAGUCGGCUUAACGCGAGGCGUUAAAAAGCUUGUAAUGGGCAAAAUACCGAACUUAUCCAAAUGUGAAGAUAUUGCUGAUUUCAUAAUGCAAGACGGCGGAGCUUCAGAGUCGGAAAUGGAAGAUGAUGAGCAAUCGCAAGUUGUUCUGCCACAAACUCUUAAACGUAAAGGCAAUUUAGAGGAUAAUAAAUCAGCGGUACGUCUGUUUGAGAUUGGUCCACGUUUAACUAUGCAAUUAAUGAAAAUCGAGGAAGGUCUUCUAACCGGUGAAGUGCUCUAUCACGAUCACGUCGUCAAGACGGAAGAGGAAAAGGAAGCACUACGUAAAAUGAUAGAGAAGAAACGAAAACUAAAAGAAUACCGAAAGAAAGUACAAGAAGAGAACCGUAAACGCAAUUUGCGUGCAAAAGAGGAAGUGUCCGGUAAACACAAAAAAAAUAAGAGCGAAGCAGCAGCUAUUGGUGAUGAAACGAAAGAAGACAGCGAUCCAGAAAACGAUGCAGAAUAUUAUAAAGAAGAAGUUGGCGAAGAUCCUGAUGAAGAGCUUUUCAAAUCUGAAAGCAAUUCAAGGAAACGUGCCAGUUUACCGGCAAGUUUAAAGUUUAAAAACAAGAAGCUAAAAAAAGCGCAGGAAAAAAAGAAGUGAUGUAUAUAUAUUUAAAUUUAUU